CGUCGAAACAGCAACCAACUGCUAGAAUAUAUGAGACUUCCCGGUAACACGAUUGCAUAUGCAAACCAUAUAGCGGAGGCCGUAGAGAGCAACAUCAAAGAUCCAAGAGCAGAAGGAGCAGAGGGUCCGGCAUGUGACAACAGCGUCAAACUUGAUAGAUCUAAUACGGUCAGGCGGAGGCUGCGCUCUGGUUCAACCUGAAACUUCAAAGAUCCAAUAUGGCGAAGAACAUCCAAGACGAAGAGCAACAAGGACAGAAGACUGGUAGCUGCUUCCACCUGGCGGCGCUGCCAGUGACGUCAUCUUCCUCUCGUACAACGACGCCCCUGAUAUCCCAAGUCGGCGUCACGACGUACUCGACGAAAUCUUCUCCUCGGCUGUACAUACUCCGAGCAUGGCACAUGGUGCUGUACAUAAGUAUGGCGGAACUACGUGGGACACGGGUAAAAGAAGAGGAGGGACAAAGAGAAGAUGAUAAGACAACGGGAGAAAGAGACAAAGGAAGAAAGAGCGAAAGAGAACGAAGGCUCUUAUAAGUUCCCAGUUGCUUCUGUUUUUCUGUGAAAGCGGUUGGAUGUCUCCCCGGGCUGUGAUAGAAUCGAUGUCCCAGAAGCAUACGCGAUCCUGCAUCCACAUUCCAGAACGUAUUCCUCAAAUAGGACGAUAUCGAAGGUCCCUUCCUUAUUUUCUAGAGAAUUCUGAAAGUGCGCGUCGAUCGUCGAGUUAGAAGUUUUAAAUAAAAAGAGCACCCAUACCUUCCUUUUGUGUUCGAGAACGCGUAAUUCACGAUUCCCGUCCGUUGGACGGGAUCGAUUCUCAUGGGUAAAGAAAGGGACUGCCUGGAGAACCCUAAGAAGAAUAAAAAGAAUCGUGGCCAAGAUACGGAAAGUGAGUCAAGAGACUGUUUGAGGUUGAACUUCUUCACGGGACAUUUCUGAAGGAUUUCGAAGGAUCGAAUGCUAAUAGUAUCUGUGAGAUGUGACUUUUUCACGUCUAAUAGAUAUAUAGUCAGCUGGGGUUCAAGGUAGUCCUGUAGGACGAACUUCAGGACGUAAGUGGGAAUAUUCAGAGUCUAGUAAAACGUAAAAGUUGUAGACACCCGGCUAGCGAGGGAGCGCCUGAUAACUUUUUACUAGCGUCUCAUGAAUUUUGACAAAAGUCUCACUGGGACCCCCGCGAACCGGUCCGACUUGAGCUUCGGGCACGGAAAAGGGGCCCCCAAAAAUUGAGCCCGCAGGGUAAUAAGGGCGCGAGAUCCCGACUAUACGACUCUCUCAUUAAUAUAGAUACACUUUGAUGAGCUUGCUCGUACAUUAGCCACGACUCCUCGAACCUCGCAUUAUCUUCGACCCAGUCGUUCGUCUUGGAGUCGAUGUUGUCUUGUGGUUCGCCUGGUGGGGAAACGCCAGGGAGGGUUCCAGGUACGUCAUUUACCCAUGAAUGAUCGUUAAAUUGGAAACCGUCUACUUCAUUAGCCCUUCCGCGAGCAGACAGUAAUUCAAAAGAUACUGAAAUUUUGAGCUUGCUAAAUAGAAGCAGAGAAUAAUGGAGAUACCGCUGACUCCCUUGAUAUUUAGGAUGAAGAAGAACACAUAGUGCCAUUGAAGAUCCUGAGAGGAUGCUGGGACGGCGAUAAGGAGGAUGGCAGGGACGGAGGGGAUAGCUAAAUUUUCUCAAGGAAUCCAGGGUUAUCAACAGAGCCGGUGGGAGGCAACGGCACGAUGCGCGUCCAUCUUACAACGUUAAGGUCGGUCCUGGGUGAGGUCGGUCCGAGGCUUUUGCGAGUGUUCAAAUGGAUGACGGAGGGAAGGUCGGCUGAUGAGAUGGUCUCUGCUGGCUUCGGGCUUGUUUUACUCUCUCAAAUGUAAAUAGAUAGUCGCUAUUACGGCCACUGCACUGUGUGGCAUUGCGCGGUACGUUUCCCUUUGUUGAAGGUCUUGCACUAUAUAUAUAUAUAUAUAUAUAUAACGACUGGUAUACGUAUGGUGUACAUGUUUGUAUUACUAGAAGGUAACUAUACUAACGAGUAGCUAG